AUGCGCCCCAGCAUCUGCGCCGCACUGAGUGUUCUGCUGCUUACCGCCGUCUUCGGCCUGCCUGUUGUGCGGGCACAAGGGGCGGUACAGGAGCAGGAACAAGAGCAGGAACAAGAGGUCUCAUUUGACCCUUACGCCCUGGUAGAAAAGGCUCUGGACCUGACCCGCAGUAUGUCCUCACAUUCACAAAUGUCGAUGACCAUUUCCCGCCCAAGCUGGCAGCGAACCUCGAGUCUUGUGGCCUGGACCCGCGGUCGGGAAGACUCGUUGAUCAGGUUCACCGCGCCGGCCAAAGAUGCGGGUAACGCUCUGUUGAAACAGGGUGACAAAAUGUGGACCUACAACCCCAAGCUCAAUCGUAAUAUUCGGCUACCAAGCUCUAUGAUGUCCCAGAGCUGGGCAGGUUCAGAUUUCUCAUACAACGAUUUGUCCCGCAGCGAUAAAUACCUGCGCCAUUAUGAUCUUUCGCUGGAGGACGUGACGUUCAGUGAAGCUGAUGCCGGUGGCGUACAGCAACGCGUGUUCACUAUCGAUGCAAUCCCUAAAGAAGACGCGCCAGUGGUAUGGGGUAAAGAGCGUAUGGUCAUUCGUGAAGAUGCCAUCAUGCUCGAAGUCACUUACUUUGAUCAGAGCAUGUUGCCGGUGAAGCGUCUUGUCAGCCUUGAGAUUGGUGAGCUGGGUGGCCGCACCAUGGCAACAGCGAUGCGUAUGAAUAACCUCGAAGAAACCGAUACGUUUACUGAAGUCCGCUAUCAGGACAUCGAAUUUGAUCUGCCCCUGGAAGAUCGUAUGUUCACAGUUUUUGCGCUGCAGUCUGGCUUAACCUGGCGCCUGGCCUGGCGUAACCUCUGGCGUAAUCCACGCCGUACCUGGUUGACUGCGGGUGGUAUUGCGUUUGCCAGCUUGUUGGUCACGCUGAGCAUGUCGCUGCAGCAGGGGUCCUACGAUGCCAUGGUGUCUUCCGCGACGGGGUUUUACGUGGGUCAGGCGCAAAUCAACCAUGUCCUGUACGAAGAUGAAGGCAAGCUGGAACAAACUGUCGCGCCUGCUGCUGAAUUAAUGCGCUCUCUAGCACACGUGCCCGGUCUUCAUGUAGCACCGAGAGCACAGGUGUAUGCCCUGGCAUCGGUCGAGCAACGCUCCUUCGGUGCCGCGGUGGUGGGUGUCGACUUCGAGGUCGAGCAGAAGCUGGUCAGCUUCUAUGAUCGGGUCACUCAGGGGCGUUUACCCGUGGAUGAAAAUGAAGUGCUGAUCGGUGAAGCGCUGGCCCGCAAUCUGGGCGCCCAACUCGGUGACGAGCUGGUCCUGCUGGGUACCGGCAAGCAAGGGGGUAUUGGCGCUCUUGCGCUGAGCAUUGCCGGUCUUUACGCCUCCGGACGACCAGAACUGGAUCGCAGCCUUGUGUUCACGCAUCUGGCAAGCGUACAGAACGGCUUUGGUUUAGGCGAUGAAGUGCAUGCGCUGGUGCUGGGGUUUGAUGACAUCGACGAGCUUGAGCCCAAUCUGGAAGGACUACGCAGAGCCCUGCCCGAAAAUGUUGAGCUGCGGACCUGGCAGCAACUGUUGCCAGAGGUGGUGCAGGGCAUUGAGCUCGACCGGAUCAGUGCCGUGCUGUUUUACGGCAGCAUCCUUAUCCUGGUGACGUUUUCUGUUGUGAACACGUUCAUCAUGAUCAUUUUUGAACGCACACGGGAAUUUGGCAUGUUGCUGGCGCUGGGCGCGCGGCCGGGCAUCAUCAUGCGCCAGGUACAGGCCGAGGCGUUGAUGAUGUGGCUGGUGGGUACCGCCAUAGGUCUGUUGUUAUCAAAUGUGCUGGUGGGCUGGGCUGCCCUGCAAGGUAUUCCGUUAGGCAUGAUGGAAGAAAUGGCCGAGCAGUACUAUAUGCCCAGCCGUUUGUAUCCCGCGAUUUCGCUGUACGCCAUGUCGCUGGCGCCACUUGUACUGCUGAUGGGUACGCAAUUGGCAGCGUUUCUUGUGCAGCCAAACGGUAUGAAACUCCUCUUUCAACUCAGUAUUCGAAAUCUGUUUCGUAACAAGCGGCGUAACGCGAUGCUGCUGGUUGCUAUUGCCGUGGCUGUGGCCGGCGUCAAUGCAUCAAACACGCUGUUGCGGGGUUAUCAGUACGACAUGCUGGAAUCCGCCAUCAAUAAUCUCACCGGCCAUGUCAAAGUUAUGGCCGAAGGCUAUGCGGAUGAUCCCAAUAUUGCACACAGCUUUAAGCUGAUGACUGAGCAACUGCCGCAGCUGCCUGAAGGUAUGGUUGUCGGUUGGGCUGAUCGAUUACGCAUACCGGCCGUAAUUAUGAGUGAGCGGGAAACUCGCGGCAUCGAACUGGUUGGCGUGGAUCCCGCAAAAGAAUCUAUUUCUUUUAUAGGGGCUGCGCAGAUUGAAGGCGAAUACCUGCAAGAUGCGGAAGAUGGCCGUGUGUUGGUUGGCAAAGAACUGGCGCGCCAGUUACAGACGACGGUGGGGCGCCGGCUGGUAUUGAUCGCACAAGGGGCUGAUGGCCUGAACAGAGAGCGUGGUUAUCGCAUUGCGGGCACCUACGAUGCCGACGGCACAGGUCUUGAGAAAAACUAUGUUUUUGUAGGUUUGAAUUCGUUACAGACGCUGCUGGAAACUCAGGCGGUUACCGAGCUUUCGGUGCGUGUUGAUCAGGAAGAGCAGCGCGUAGCGGCAAAAUCCGCGUUGCGUCAGGCGUUUCCCGGUCUGGAGGUGAAAGACUGGCGGGAGUUAGAUCCUCAAGUGGCUGAGAUGUUCAAAUUUGCAGAUGCUUCGCUGUUUAUCUGGUUUUUUCUGAUGAUGGGCGCGCUGACCUUUGGGCUGGUUAAUUCUCUGAUUGCAGCAGUGAUGGAGCGGGUCAAGGAGUUGGGCAUGAUGCGUGCGCUGGGUAUGCAGAACUCAACCGUGCUGGUGCAGGUGGUGCUGGAAUCCAUCAUUCUGAUGACCGUUGGUGUUGUGUUGGGUACAGGCCUCAGUCUGCUGAUUUAUUGGAGUGUUGCGGACGGGAUAGAUCUGUCUGCUUAUGCGCAGGGCGCUGAGCUGGCUGGUGUGUCCAGUACGUUGCAGCCGGUGCUGUUAGGCCAGGAUGUUCUUCUGGUCGACUUCACGGUUUAUCCCGGUGAGUUUGUCAGUUUGUCCGGCCCGUCCGGGUCAGGGAAGUCGACGCUGCUCAAUAUUGUUGGCGGACUCGAUCGCCCGGAUGAAGGCACUGUCUCGCUGGAUGGCAUAGAUCUUGGCGAGCUGUCUGAAAGCCAGCUGGCGGAAAUUCGCCUGCAUAAACUCGGUUUUGUGUUCCAGGCUUACAACCUUAUACCGGUGCUCACCGCGCUGGAGAACGUUGAAUUUAUCAUGCAGCUUCAGGGGGUGCCGCCAGCUGAGCGUGCAGAGCGGGCUACAGCGGUACUGGAUCGUCUGGGCUUGGCGGAUAUGUUAAAUCGUCGGCCCGGUGAACUUUCCGGUGGGCAACAGCAGCGUGUGGCCGUCGCCCGUGCGAUAGUUUCGGAACCCGUUCUUCUGCUCGCAGACGAGCCCUCUGCCAAUCUGGAUUCUAAAACCACAAAAGAGCUGUUAGAUCUUCUGCGGCAUCUCAAUGAAGAAGGUAUGACCAUUGUUACCGCGACCCACGACAGCAUGGUCAUGAGCUAUGCACAGCGCCAGGUGCAUUUGCGAGAUGGGCAGAUCGAACACGAUGAUCAGGCGCUGGAUGCAGAUGUUCGGCUGAAGUGGUUUGGUAGCGCCGCGCUUUUACCUGAACAUGAUCUGCAGCGCCAGAUUGAUAAAACACCCGCGUAUGAUCAGACCUACGACAUGCGCCUCAUGUUCCGCCACCAGGCUGGCGCUUUGCGCUUUGCCCUCGAUCACUCGACUGUUCUGCUCAGCGGCGAUGCUUCCAAGUUGGGUCGCGACCCGAAUGCGGCGCUGGAUCAGACGGUCACCAACGAUGAGCGUCGUUGGGCGGAUCUGACCUGGGAUAUAGAAGAGGGUAAACGGCAUCAGAGUUUUCAUCGCCUGGAUCACCUGUCGGUGCAGUGGCAAUCUGGGAAUUGGAGCGUGUCAGCGGGGCGUCAGGCGGUGAGUUGGGGUAGCGGUAUCGUAUUUCAGCCCCUUGAUCUGUUCAGUCCCUUUUCCCCCACCGUUGUUGAUCGUGAUUACAAACCCGGAGAUGACCUGCUGCUGGUUGACCAUCUGUUGGAAAACGGUAGUGAUCUGCAGUUAUUACAUGUUGUGCGCAGAGAUGUCGAUGGCGAUGUCCGCGGUGGGGUAUCAAGUACCGCGUUCAAGUGGCAUGGCUAUGCUGGAUCAUCAGAACUGGAACUGGUCGCCGCCAGGCACUUUGAUGAAGACGUGCUCGGUUUGAGCAUGCGGCGCCCGUUGGGGGAGGCGAUGUUUCGCGCAGAUCUGGUCGCGGUGCGCAGUCAGGCCAUGGAUCAGAACGAAGGCUGGCAGAUAUCCGGUAUCGCAAACCUUGAUUACACCCUGAUGGCCUGGGAGCGCAACGUCUACCUGUUUGGUGAAUACUUUUACAACGAUUGGGGGGUAGAUGAGCUGCCCACGCAAAUCGCCGAGUUGCCGUUGAGUCUGUUAGAUAGAUUGGCACGAGGGGAACUGUUCAACGUGAUGCAGCAUUAUCUGGCGCUGGGCGGCAGUUUCGAAUGGCAUCCACUGAUCAAUCAGAGCGCAACCCUGAUUACUAACCUGCAGGACCACAGCAGUUUGUUACAGGUUGCGGUAUCUUUUGAUCCCGGUGACCAUCAGAGUGUGCAGGUGGGUUGGGUGCAGACACUGGGCCGCGCUGGCGAUGAGUUUGGUGGUAUCCCGGUAGCAGGCAACCAGGUCACGACCGGCGGGGGAAGCCGCUUCUAUCUGCGUUGGACAUACUUCUUCUGA